CUACCAGGGCCGAAAUUGUAAAACUUAAAAAUCCCAACUUGAGAAACGGAUGGUCAAUGGAAAACGUGUCUGCACAAAAUGAAGAAGAAGUUGCCUCCCCGGAUGUCAGUGAGGUCAUAACCGAAGAGGAAGGAGAUGGAGAAGCGUUAGAAGAAAAAAAUGGAUCCCCGGAACACUCAGCUGAACCAAAAGUGCAUGAACAGGAAAAGGAAACUAAAGACACACUAAAGACAAAAGAAACAAAUGCCGAGACAGAAGCGGAAGAAGCAGCCAAAGCAGCUGAAUCAGCAAAAAACAAUAUUGUGGAUACUCUUAAAAAAUUGGGCAUGCCAACAGAACUUAAUAAAGCAAAAGAAUUCGCAGAAUCUGCUGCAACAAAAGCAAAAAACCAAGAAAGCAUAGCAACAGAAGCAGCCAAAGCAGCCGAGUCAGCAAAAAACAAUACUUUGGAUGCUCUAAAAAAAGUGAACGUGCCAACAGAACUCAAUAAAGCAAAAGAAUUCUCAGAAUCUGCUGCAAAAGAAGCAAAAAAUCAAGAAGAAAUAGCAGCAGAAGCAGCCAAAGCAGCUGAGUCAGCAAAAAACAAUAUUUUGGAUGCUCUUAAUAAGUUGAACGUGCCAACAGAACUUAAUAAAGCAAAAGAAUUAUCAGAAUCUGAUGCAACAGAAGUAAAAGAUCAAGAAAAAAUAGUAGCAGAAGCAGCGGAAGCAGCAGAAGUAGCAGAAGCAACUGAAGUGAAUGAAGAUUUAAAAAAGUUAGAAAAUGAAGUAAAAAAGCUAAAAAAUGAAGUAGAUAAGGCAGAAAAAGCUGCAAAAAAAGCAAAGAAACUACAAAUAAUGGCAGAAAUAGCAGAACAAGCAGCAAAGGCACAAGUAGCAAAAACAGAAGCAGAAACAGAACAAACAGAUGCAACUGCAGCAAAGGAAGUAGCAAUAAAAGAAACAGGUAAAUCGAACUCACAAAGUGAAACUAAAGCAAUUGAUAUGGCAACAAAAGAAGAAGAAGAAACAAAAAAAGAAGCAAAAAUAGCAAGUGAAAAAGCAGAUCAAGCAGCAAAAGAAGCUCAGAAGGAAGUAGAAAAAAAAAUUGUAGAUGCAGAAAAAGAAAUAUCACAGCUAGAAAUAGAAAUAAAAGAACUAGAAAGUAUCUUAAAAACAGUGCAAGAUCUAGCAUCUGAAGCAUCAAGCGCAUCAGAAAAGGCAAAAAAAGCAAAGCUCAAAACACAAAUAGCCGCAGAGCUAGCAAAGGCAGAGGAAGCAAAAAAAGAAGCAGAUAAGGCAAAGGUGGCAGCAGAAAAAGCAAAAGAAACAGCAGAAAAUGUAGCAAAGGCAUCUAAAUCAACAGAAAAGAUCACAGACGCGGUAAAAAAAGCCAUUGAAUUCGCGACGAAGGCGGGAGAAGCAACCACAGAAGCAGAAAAGAAAGCACAGGAUGAAGUACCUUCGGAAGAACAAAAACUAAAGGAAUUACUGCAGUCAAUCAAUGAGAAGGCAGAAUCCGCAUUACAAGCAUCAAAGGAAGCCAUAAAAGCAAAAACGGAAGCUGAAAAUUUUCUAGAAAUAGCAACGGAAGUACCCAAAGCAGAAGCAGCAAAGGAAGAAGCACAGAAGGCCGCAACAGCAGCGGAAGAGGCAAAAGCAGAAGCAUUAAAAAUAGCAGAAGAGGUAAAAAAAUCAGAAGCAACGGAAGAUGAAAAGAAAAACAUAGAAACAGCAGCGAAUGCAACAGCUGAUGAAGCACAAAAAGCGGCAACGUUUGCAAAAGAAGCAGCAGACGCGGCAAAGGACACAAACGGAGCAGUAACGUUAGCGGUAGCAAAGGAAAAUGUAGAGAAGGCAUUGAAAGUAGCCAACGAAGCAAAGAAGGCAAAAGAAAAAGCUACAUACGCAUUGAUGAGGACAAAAAAGAAAUAUGUACUUGAACCACUGGAAAUAACAUCAGAAGAAGGAAAUAACAUAACGGGAAAGGAAGAACAAGUAAAAGAAGAAAUCGAAGAACAGGAAGAUAAGGGUAAUGACGAAGAGGAGGAAGAUGUAGAGAAGACAGAUCAAACGGUGAUAGACGAGGUAGAUAUAAAUGUGGAUAAUGACGAAGAAGAGGAGGGAACAGCGGAAGAGCAAGGCGAAGAAGAAGGAGAAAAAGACACUACAGAAAAAGAAAUUAAAGAGGAACAGGCAAGUGGAGAAAAAAUAUUAGAUGAUAAAGAAGCUCAUAAAACACUCGCAGGGAACUUCAAAGAAUCUAGUCCUGCGAAAACGGAAGGAGCCGAAUUUUUGAAAACUUUGAUUAACGAUGUUGGGGAAGACACGCUUAAAAAUUUGCAACAAGAUUUGCAUCAAUAUUUUAAGGGUAACUAA